GCCGGUUCAAGACGGCAACAAAUCCAGUUAGCAGUUAGUUAGCACACCCCCAAAUCCCCUUUAUUUUUGCCGGCUAUUUCCCUCUCAAAAAUUUCCAGCCUUUUUGAGAUUUUUGAUCCCUUUAUAAAGCCAGUCAUUGGGAGACUCAGUCUUUAGGACUUACUCAAGUUUGUACCCUAAUUAUUACCUUUUAGUUCUCUAACAAAAAUCAUCACUACUUGUUAGUUAGCCGUAAUUCCAUCAAUAAUUUUUUCCGUAUCGAACCGAGAUGACGAAAACAAGCCAAAAGAACAACUCAAAUGCCACAAAUAUCAAUGCUACUGCCAUUUCAAAUGCUAAUGGUAACACGCCAUUGAAAGUAAAGAGAACCAGGAAAACUGUACCCAGGGAUUCUCCUCCUCAACGUAGUUCAAUUUACCGUGGCGUCACAAGGCAUCGAUGGACUGGAAGAUAUGAAGCUCAUUUAUGGGAUAAGAAUUGCUGGAAUGAGUCUCAGAACAAGAAAGGCAGACAAGUUUAUCUUGGUGCUUACGAUGAUGAAGAAGCAGCUGCACAUGCAUACGACUUGGCUGCCCUUAAGUAUUGGGGUCAAGACACCAUCCUUAAUUUUCCGUUGGCAACCUACCAUAAAGAGUUGAAAGACAUGGAAGGCCAGUCUAGAGAAGAAUACAUUGGAUCAUUACGAAGGAAAAGCAGUGGUUUCUCUCGUGGUGUGUCAAAGUACCGAGGUGUUGCGAGGCAUCAUCACAAUGGGAGAUGGGAAGCUCGAAUUGGCAGAGUAUUUGGCAACAAAUAUCUUUAUCUUGGAACCUAUGCUACACAAGAAGAGGCUGCAAUUGCAUAUGACAUGGCUGCCAUUGAAUACCGAGGACUCAACGCUGUAACUAAUUUCGACCUCAGUCGUUACAUAAAAUGGCUAAGACCUAAUUCCUCAGCAACAACUGCCAUCAACACAGACGCCAUUGUUCAUCCCGAACCUAACCCUAACCCUAAUAUUAUUAGCCCGAUCAUGCCAACCGCAGAUCAAAUCUUAGCUCCAAUUUCCAAUAUUCAUUAUCAACAACAACAACAACAUCAUCACGAGGAACUAAAAAUGCAGCCAUAUUCCGACAUCCCAGAAAUAACCUUAACUGCUCAGUCGCGGCCAGCCUCAGCGACAUCGGCGCUAGGGCUACUACUCCAAUCCUCGAAAUUCAAGGAAAUGAUGGAGAUGACAAUGACAGCUGAGUGUCCUCCUUUGACCGCUUCAACCCCUUCAGAAUCCGAACCGACACAAUGUAGCAGUAGCAUUCCAGACGAUGUACAGACUUUCUUCACGGCCCCAGAACUGGGUAGCUACCUCGACCAAGGACAUGAGGAUAUUUUCAGCGAGCUAAUUAGCCCGUUCAUGCAACCUAUGAUGCAGUUUGACUUUGAUCUUUAAGGGGAAUGAAUCAGAAAUCGGCACCAUUCAGUUGUUUUGUUAAUUAGGUAUUCUUAAUUUCAACAUUUUCUGUUUUUUUUAAUUGUAUUAUUUUCA